AUGAACGACAAUACAAUUUUAAUACAAAGGAUAACAGUGGAAUCUAAUGAUAAUUUAUCAGAAAACGAUUUUGAGAUAAAAACGGAACCUCUUGAUGAAUGUAGCGAGCAAAUACUAUAUUCCAGCACUGUCGUCAAAGAAGAAUAUUCAAAUGUGGAAAUAAAGAUAAAACUAGAACCUGACUGCGAAAUCGACAUUAAAGAUGUGAUUUCAGAAGCGGAAUCCCCAGAUCGUCAACAGGUGAUCAAAGGCGAAGAAGUCGACGUCUUAGACACAAAACAAUCACUUGAUCAAUAUAAGGCAUUAUUCACCCCCGAUAUGUUCCUGACCUCAAACCACCUAAGAAAACGUGACCAGCGCAUACACGUAUGCAACAUUUGCGACCAGAAAUUUAACAGACUCUUCCUUCUUGAUUUGCACUUAAAGGCCCACAGACGACGCACGUCCUACCAAUGUAUUUACUGUGACAGAGAUUUUUUAAAACCUAGUUGCCUCACCACCCACAUGAAAGUCCAUGAAGACAGUAGGAACUACAAAUGUGAAAUAUGUGAUUAUCGAUUUGAAAAAGAGUCAACUUUAAAAAAUCAUAUGCGAGUGCAUGUAAAAGAGAAUACUCUCAAAUGCGACGUGUGCAAUAAAACUUUUAGGAGUAAGAGUAAUUUGAAUCGACAUAAGAUUUUUCAUGUUGUUAAAGAAAGGAAGAGGUUGGCUGCUCUGGAAGCACGGAAAAAUGGGCAAGAAGUGGAAAAAAGAUUUAAGUGUGAUAAGUGCGAUAAACGGUAUAGAGCUAGAAGAGAUUUGAAUAACCACCAAGAAAAGAUACACAACGGGGAGCAAAACACUGAUAAGUAA